ACAUCCUAAUAAUCUGAAAUUUAUCGAAAAGGUCCCAAAAUCUCAACAACCCUGAAUCUGAUUUCUCAAUUCUCGCUUCACCGUGUCUCAAGAACUCACCACCACUCUGUAAUAAUACGAUGUGUGAAUCAAUGAUUUUGGUGUUCUUGAUACAAUUUGCAAUCCGUUCUUGCUCAAGUUUCGCUUGAAAUUUCAGAACCAUGUAGCAAGAUGAGGAAUUUGAAAACCCUUCUCCUUCGCAUCGGCUAAAAGGGUCAUGAGUACGGCACUUCCUCUGACUACAAAGACCAUAUCAUCAGAGACUUGUUUUGGUGUUAUUAGGAGAGAAAUCGAGCGUUCUGGAGACCAAGUUUUGCCUUUGCUAUUUCAAUGUGCUAAACAAUUGCCUCACAAGAUUCCUUUGUGUGGGACUUUGAUUGGUUUGUUGAACUUGGAGAAUGAAGAUUUUGUUCGGAGGAUGGUAGAAAGUGUCCAAGUUGAUUUCCAGUAUAUGAAAGAGCAUCUGAUUAGAGGAAGGGAGUGGGAAGAGGUGUAUCAUGUUAUCUAUUUGAAAUUUCAGAACCAUGUAAAGCUAAGUUUCGCUUACGAAGAACUCAGUAGAGCCACUUAUGGGUUUAACAGAGAGCUUAAGAUCGGUGAAGGUGGAUUCGGUAGUGUUUAUAAAGGAAAGAUUCUGACCACUGGAGGAGCUGAUUCUGAUCCUCCACUUGUCGUCGCCAUUAAGAAACUCAACCGACAAGGUUUACAGGGUCACAAGCAAUGGCUAGCAGAGGUUCAGUUUCUAGGGGUAGUGAAUCAUCAGAACGUUGUGAAACUCAUAGGUUAUUGCUCAGAGGACGGCGAGACUGGGAUCGAGAGGCUUUUGGUUUAUGAGUACAUGUCGAAUAAAAGUUUAGAGGACCAUCUCUUCAGCCGUGGAUCACGCACAUUACCGUGGAGAAAAAGACUCAAGGUCAUGGUUGGUGCAGCUGAAGGAUUGGCUUAUUUACAUGAACCUAAGGUUAUAUAUAGAGAUUUCAAAUCAUCAAAUGUGCUCUUAAACGAUGAAUUCUGUCCGAAAUUAUCGGACUUUGGGCUGGCCAGAGAAGGACCAGAGGGGGACAAUACUCAUGUCACAACCGCACUGUUGGGUGAAGAUGGAUCAUCAAAUUGGACAUGGUGUUGAAGUGACUGGGUUAUCUCCAUCUGUUACUGAGAAAGAUCUUAUUGAUUUCUUCUCUUUCUCUGGUACAAUUGAAUAUAUUGAUAUUGUCAGGUGGCUUUUGUUUCCCAUCUUGAUCUCUCUCACAUUCUCAGGUCUUGUUCUUCACCAUGGAGUUCUCGCCGAAACUGUUAAACCUGAUGAAGCUAAACAGCUUAGAGACGAGGUACGUGGGAUGUUUUAUCAUGCUUUUGAUGGAUAUAUGAACAAUGCUUUUCCACUUGAUGAAUUGAGACCGUUAUCUUGCCAAGGUGAAGAUACACUUGGAGGCUAUGCGUUGACCUUGAUUGAUUCGUUGGAUACAUUAGCUUUACUUGGAGACCGAGAGCGCUUCACUUCUUCUUUUCUAUGGACCUAUUUUUACUCCGACCAUCUCACCACCUAUUUUUCCAUUAUUAAAGCAGACAAUCUCAACUUCAUCUAACGAUGAUUUCUUGUGUGGUUUUGAUUCGCUGUAUUUGUUUUUUUUUGAUUGAUGGAGUUUUUUAUUUAUGUAAAUUAACGUAUAUUAUGUACUUGGUUUGGAAGUGCUUUUUGUUUUGUUUUUUUUUUCAAACAGUUACUA